AUGUUCAACGACAAAAAUUUCCUGAGAAAGUGUCACAGUUUUAUAGGAAAAAAAGGAAACAUUUCUAAUAUCAGAAGUAUAUUUUAUCCUGCAGUGAGUCAGACCUCUACAAAAGAACGCCAAGUGAGGUGUGGUGAACAUUCUGAUUAUGGUACCCUUACAUUGCUUUUCCAAGACAACAUUGGAGGGUUAGAGGUGAAAUCACGUGACGGAGAAUAUAUUCCAGUGCCUCCUAUUCCUGGCACUAUUGUUGUAAACAUUGGUGAUUUAAUGCAAAGGUGGACAUCAGACAAACUUAUUGCAAAUAAGCACAGAGUUCUUAUUCCAACUGAAGAGAUGAAGCAAAGGGUUGAUCGACAGUCAAUAGCUUUCUUUGUAAAUCCUGAUGAAAAUGCCACCAUUCGUUGUCUCGACAACUCAAAUAAGUACGAACCAAUAACGAGUAGAGAUUAUUUGAAUCAGAGAUUCUAUGAAAAACUUUGAAGACUUGCAAAAUCAACGAUUGACCACUUAUGAUUUAUGUAUUUCGUUUCACGUGCUUUUUUGUAUGAAUGGCUGCUCAAAACAUGAAUCAAUAUCGCUUGUAGAAAACGAUUUUUUUUAACGAUAACAAAUAUUUUUUUUCAAUUAUUUUCUGAUAUAUAAAUACCGAAGUAGCCCAGGUCGCAUACUGAGGAACCCCUGUAUUUUAACAGCCUCCGUUGACCAGCGAAAAUAUCAAAUGAUUUUAUACAAUAGUUUAACAUACAUAAUUAUAUUUAAAUAACCAAUACAAUUGAUUUUCAC